AGUGAGAGAGAGAGGAGUCUGCAGAGACACCGAGUGCAAAAUGCAGGAAGGCAACUCCAUCACAGAGUCAACAGGUUGCAGCAGUUUCACUCCCUCCCCUCUCCCCCAAACUUUUUUUCAGCGCUUCACUCGAGCCCUGCAAAGAAAAGUCUGUCAUUCAACCACUCUUCCAGCAACCUCCUCCCUCCACUCAGAUACAGACACCAGGAUACACCCAUCGAUUCUCAUGUACCUCUCAGCUCAUAAUCUCCAAUAACCUCUCCUGCUGCAAAGUUGAAUUUAUUUAUUUCUGUUCUUUUGCUGCCUCUCUCGGAUAAAAACUUGGGAAUAUUUUCUCUCAGCCGUUAAGACAUUACUUGGGACUCGAGGGGGGGGAAAGAUAAUGAAGAUUCACUCAUCUGCACUGAUAAAAGGAGAGAAGAGUUGGAUUUUAUGAUCGAAGACUGGAGGUCAGGACUGGGAUUUGCAAGGAGAAGAUCUGGGAAGAGGAGUGGAUGAUUGAAGGAGAAGAAGAGUAUGGACUGCGCCUCUGUGUGGAUCUUCCUACUGUCCCUUUCUCUCUCCCAUCAAAGAGUUACAGCAGAAAUUGAAGCAUGCAGGACGGUGGUGCAGGCAGACAUCGUUUUUCUGGUGGAUGAGUCAUGGGGCGUGGGUCAGACCAGCUUCUCCAGCGUUAAAGGCUUCAUGUCCUCCAUCGUCACCUCGUUCAAGGACAGAGUGGCGGGAGAAGGCGGGGUCCGCUUUGGUGUGACGGUCUUCGGGGACAUCGCAAGGAUGAGGAUUGCACUGACUGACUACAGUUCACCAGAGGAGGUGCUCACAGCCAUCAGAGACCUGCCUUAUGAAGGUGGAUCCAGAAGGACCGGUGAUGCCCUCCGGUUUCUGGUCGACUCUGUCUUCAGCCCCACAAUCAGCCGAGACGAAGCCUCAAAGAUUGCUGUUCUGAUCACCAAUGGACGCUCCGACGAUCAAGUGGACGUGGCGGCCAGAGCUGUGGCUGACAGUGGGAUCUCGCUCUUUGCAGUAGGUGUGUUGGGAGCGGACGAGUCCGAGCUGAGGAGGAUUGUGUCAGAACCACACGAGGAGCACUUGUUGCUCAGCAGCGACUACUCCCGCCUGGACAACGUCCUUCCCAAACUGUCCCGCCGAGUGUGCUUCACAGCUUCUGAACCGCCGCGACCUGUGAAAAGUCCCCAGCCUGUUGAGGAGCGUAUCGUGGGUCCCAGAGACCUGCAGGUGAGUGAGUUGGCUCACAGCUCCCUCCGCCUGACGUGGAGCCAGGCCACAGGUGAUGUCACCGGAUAUCGCCUCCUGGUCACCCCUCUCACCUCCAGAGGAAACCCCCUCCCCCAACAGCAGAGACAGAUUGAUCUGAAAGCAGAUGUGAGCACUGAGCUCGUCACGGAGCUGAGUCCUAAAAGAGACUACUCCCUCACCGUCUACGCCAUCUACCCCAACCUCAUAGGAGACUCUGUGACGAUCAACAUUCGGACGACUGCUUUGCCCCAGGUGUCAAACUUCCGUGUUAUUGAGGAGGGUUUGUUCUCUCUGCGUCUCGGCUGGACUCCUCCUCUAGGGAAACUAAGUGGAUUCAAGAUCUACGUCCCGAGAUCUAACAGGCCAGGAUAUACUUAUGAGCAGCUACUUCCUGGGGACGUCUCUUCUCACGUGAUUGACAGCCUGGAGGAGGACAAGAAGUACACUGUCAAUAUUUACGCCGUUUUUCCUCAGGGACCAAGUGAGCCCGUUUCAAUCGUGGGCAAGACAUUAAAACUGAUACCAGUUCAGCAUUUCCUGGUUCAAAACGCCACCACAGACACUGUGCAGGCGAGGUGGACUUCAGUGCGGGGAGCGACAGGAUAUCGUCUGACGUGGGCCUCCCCAGACGAUCACAUCGAGAACAUAAACCUCGGCGACAACUUCAACUUCUACAUGAUCCAGGGCCUCCACGCAGGCUUAGAGUACACCGUGACCAUCAAUCCCAUCUUUGGAGACAUUGAGGGGCCCGUCACCACCACCAAAGCAAAAACAUUGGAGAGCAGUGCAGUUCAGACUCUGAAGGUUUCUGCUGUGACCACCAGUGCGGCUGUCGUCUCAUGGAACAGCGUCCCGGGAGCCACAGGAUACAGACUUGCCUGGGGACCCACCCCAGAGUUUAUUGGCUGGGACCGUCCCAGACAGUUGGCUUUGAAUGGCAGCACCAUCGAGUACCAUCUGAAGAAUGUAGCCCAUGACACAGAGUAUGUCCUGACUCUGUAUGUGCUGUUUGGAUCCGUGGUGGGACCCGGCGUCUCCGGGACCUUCAAAACGUCUCCUUUGGGCUACGUGUCCAACUUCAAGGUGGUGUCCUACACCAGCACCUCUAUAGAUGUGGAGUGGAGUCCAAUUGUAGGGGCCACUGAGUACAAACUCACUUGGAACACAGCUGAUAGCAGCCCUCAGUCACAUUACCUGGACCGCAAAGUUCUCUAUCACCGCGUCGAAGAUCUGAACCCGCUGUCCACCUACAGGAUCACCAUCUGUGCAAUUUACGGCAACUCGGAGGGACCAGAAAUCUCCUUAUCCCAGCUCACAGCUGCUGUAUCAGACUCGGAGCCACUCAAGGCAGUGAGGGGCGUGAAAGUUGUAGACAUUGGAGUCAACUUUUUCACCGUGUCCUGGAACAAAACACCAGGGGCCACUGGCUACAAAAUAUACUGGAUCCCCUUCCUGGGUGGUGAUGAGAAGACCCAUGUGGUAUCUGCUGCCUCUACCAGCUUCACCAUCCACAACCUGCGGGAGAGCUCGGCUUACAAGAUCCAGGUCUCGUCCAUGGUGGUCCACAGGGAGGGAAGUCCGGUUCUGGUCACCGCACGGACCUUGGAUCUUCCUAAAGUGAAUGGCUUUGCAGCGCUGAACACCACAGACGGCAGCACUGUGCUGAACUGGACACGAGUGGCCGGCGUCUCGGGCUACCUUCUCUCUUGGAGGCACAUUUCAGUGUUGGAGACUCAAACAGAGAUCCUCGGUCCUGGUUUCAGCUCCUAUAAGAUUGGCGAUCUCCUCUAUGGCAGAACAUAUAUCUUCACCAUCAGACCUUUGUAUGGAGAGGUGGAGGGGCCAAUAACCACUGUGUAUCAGAGAAUAUUGGGACAGGAUUCUCCGGCGGCAACAGUCCAGUCUGUGCCAGCCACUGCGGCGUCCAUCGCUACCAUCGCUCAGACAACCAAAAAGACCACUCGUCAUCAGCCCAUCACUGUGCCAUCCGUGAAAACUACGACCACCACAAAGCCUCCCGUUCAGCCGAGUGCCACCACCCCUCACUUGACCACAUCCACUCCAGGAUCAACAGCUCCACCACAACCAGUGUGCGGUAAGGCCAAAGCAGACAUCGUAUUCUUGGUGGACGAGUCCUCCAGCAUUGGUGCUAACAACUUUAUCAAGAUAAAAGACUUCAUAUUCCGGGUGGUCACUUACUUCCCUGUCAUUGGUCCUCAAGGCACACAGAUCGCUGUGGUUCAUUACAGUGACGAGCCUCGAAUUGAAUUCAAUCUAAGUCAUUUCAAAGACAGAAACUCAGUCCUCAGGGCGCUCAGAGCUCUGCGUUACAGAGGGGGCAACACUAAAACAGGAAAAGGCAUCAGCUACAUUGUGCAGGAGCUGUUCCAGGAGUCUGUAGGGAUGCGAGCAGAUGUGGCCCAUGUUCUGGUCCUGAUCACAGAUGGCAGAGCCCAGGAUGAUGUUGCGCCACCGUCCAGAAUUGCUCGUGCGCUAGGUGUCAGUAUCCUGGCAGUCGGAGUCUCUAAUGCAGACACAGAGGAGCUGAAUAAGAUAGCAGCUCCCACCGGCUACAAGAACGUCUUCUUCUCCCCGACUUUCGAUGACUUUCCUUCUGUCGAGAGAGAGUUUAUCAAAACCAUCUGCAGCGAGGAACUACUGUCUGAAUUCAAAGUAGAUGACGAGUUUGCUCAGUUGGACACGCCGACUGACGACCCGGAGGAGCUGCCCAAGCCUCUGGGCCCCUGCCCUUCCCAGUGUGUGAAGGGCCAGAAAGGUGAAAAGGGAGGUGGUUUAGGUCUCGGAGGUCUGAAAUUUAGGCCGAGUCCUGGACAGUUUGACCCUUUCACUUCCAGCAAAGGAGAGACGGGAGAGAGGGGACCUCCAGGAACAGAUGGUGUUCCCGGGUUGCCUGGGCGACCAGGGAGAACUGGACCUCCAGGUUCUGCUGGCCAGAGGGGCUCUUCCGGCAUCCCAGGUGACAUGGGUCAUCCUGGUCCGCCUGGUCCAAAGGGACAAAGAGGAGAGAGAGGAGAACCUGGAUAUGUCAUCGCUGGCACGGACGCAAAUUAUGUCCCGGGUCGAAAAGGAGAACCAGGAUCUUCAGGUCCACAAGGAGCUCCUGGUGUACCAGGGGUCAAUGGAGCUCCAGGUCUCCCUGGUCAGCUGGGACCUCCAGGGACCCCGGGGCUGUCUAUCAAGGGAGAGCCUGGAGAACCAGGAGCAAAAGGUUUACGUGGCAACCGGGGCGUGAAAGGAGACAAAGGAGAUCCGGGAAAAGACGGAGCUGCUGGUUUGCCUGGUCCCAUUGGCAUAGACGGGGUUUCAGGAUUACAGGGUCAGAAAGGAGACAAGGGUGAACAAGGAAUCGGCAUACAGGGUAUUCAAGGUGUUCGUGGAGACCAGGGAGCGAAGGGAGACAUUGGCGUUAGAGGACCAAUUGGCCCAAAGGGUAAUAGCGGAGAGCAGGGCAUUCAGGGAGUAAUCGGACCUCGGGGAAAGAAGGGAGUCAAAGGGGAACAAGGGGACAAGGGAGACCAAGGAGAAAUAGGACCAAUAGGACGGCAAGGACCCACAGGAUUCACAGGACCCAUGGGGCUCAAAGGAGACGACGGUCAGCAAGGUCCCCCAGGAGACCCUGCCAAGGGCAUACUUGGUCCGACUGGUAAAAAGGGUGUCAGGGGAGACAUCGGUCCAGUCGGCUCCACAGGCCCUCAGGGAGUAAAAGGUGAACAAGGAGACAAGGGAGAAAAGGGCAGUCCUGGUUUUGGGAUUCCAGGACUACAGGGACCAAAGGGAGAGAACGGUGAGAGGGGAAAUGUCGGUUUGUCUGGAAAACCAGGACCAAAGGGACACGAUGGUUCUAAAGGUGAAAAUGGAACUAUUGGGUUACCUGGCAAUCCUGGAGAACCAGGACUAAGAGGUAAAGAUGGUGUUGGAACCAAAGGAGACCAAGGAAUUAAGGGUGAGCUAGGCCCACCUGGAGAGCCUGGUGACAGAGGAAUCAGGGGUCCACUGGGGUUACCAGGACGACCAGGAGACCCUGGAGAUAAAGGAGAUGGUGGGAAAUCUGGGCAGCCGGGUAUCGAUGGAAAGAAAGGCGACAAAGGAGAGCCAGGAAAACCUGGACCUCCGGGAACACAAGUUGUCGCUGAAAACAAUAUACUCACUAGAGUGAUUAAGGGUGAAUCUGGGGAACCUGGUCUGCCUGGUUUGAGAGGAGAAAAGGGUCUAACUGGACCACAAGGUCCAGAAGGAAAACCAGGACUACCAGGACCAUCCCUGGUUGGCUCUGGGAGACAGGGACUUGAUGGGAAACCAGGAGCAAAGGGUGAACAGGGACAAAAGGGGGACCCUGGUCUGAGAGGAGAAAAAGGAGACCAAGGCCGAGUAGGGAUUGCAGGAAUGCCUGGCUUACCAGGAACUCCUGGAAGACCUGGUUUUGAUGGAAAGAGAGGUGUAACAGGAAAAGAUGGCGAGGGGGGACCAAAAGGAGACGAUGGCAAAAAGGGGGAUAAGGGAGACACAGGUGCAAGUGGUAAAGAUGGUAGUAAGGGUGAAGCAGGACCUCCAGGUUUGCCCGGAAAGCAAGUGCUUGUCACCUCAGAGGGUGCCACCAUUGACGAAGUCCGUCAAGCAUUUCCAAUCCCAAUGGGUCCUCCGGGAGCAACUGGUUCACCAGGAUUAAAGGGUGAUAUAGGAGAAGCCGGCCUGAGGGGAGAGAAGGGAGAUGCUGGAACUCCUGGGAAAUCUGUUAAGAUGAAGGACAUUGAAGUAAUGUUUGAAGCCUAUGGGAUAAGGCUGCCGUUGCUCAAGGCUUUGAUUGACAGGCUGCUACAGGAUGGGAUCGAGGAGCUGCUCCAGGUCCUUGGCAACGCCAAGAAACCACAAGAGAACACGGAAACUCACACAUCCAAUGUCAUCGCUGAGUAUACAGGUUCUGUGAAAUUAGAGCUCACCAGUCAGCCGCUGGUAGAGUCUGACACCACUGAGGAUCCGAGUGGCCACUUUCCUGAGUCAUCAUCAGUUGAGCCUCUGAAUAAAACUGCACAAGGUCCCACUCUGUGGAACGUCACCACGCCGACCGAGGAGCAGGAGCUCAACGGAACUGAUGAGACCACGCUGGAGGAGUCCACAGAGAAGUGGACGGCGGACGAGGACGAGGACGGCGACGACAUGUCUUCACUCGGAAUGAACCUUACAGUCGUCAAUUCCACUUUCAAUUAUACUACCAUCCAGGAAACGGUUUCAGGUUUACCCGAGACUGCGGUGGACACGGUCGUCCUCACUCAGGAAGAUUCUUUGAAGAAGAAUUCAGGACAUAAGAAGAAAAACCGGGAACGUGGGAAGGGCAAAGGAAAUAAAGGACGACCUAAGAGGCAGAGACAACGCCUGAUGAGCAAAGAAGAUGAAGAUAAACACGAGGAGUUUUAUGACGGCGAAGGAGACGGCGAAGGAGACGGUUAUGAAGACGAGGAGGAACAGUUUCCCACAGAGAGUCCACAAACACUAGCAGACACCUCCAGUGUUCCUCUGACACUUUACUCACACUCGGAGGCAAUUGAACAGGAUGACGUAUCACUGCCGACUCCUCCCAUCACUGCACAAGAACCACAAAAGGUGCCUCAACACCAGAUGAGGGUGAGAAGAGGCGCCCCCUGGCCUGAUUCCAUGGCUUUCAUGCCAGGCGCUCCUGGUGGAAGACAUCGGUACGAGGAGGCACAAAAACUUCUGACCUCUGGAGCGCAAGGUUACACACAUUUUAAUAAGAAGCAAGAAAACUCUGAUCGUCAAACACAGACUGAAGGAGAGAUUCAUCAGGCUGGAGGAGACGAACAGACGGAGGAAGAGCCUGAAUAUACGGUCUAUGAUGAGCUGGAGGAGGAGAGGAGUGGAGACUAUGACUGGCAAACUGAGGAGGAUGUGGACAGAGAGAGGGAAGGGGAGGAUGAGGAGCUGGAGAGGGAGAGGGAGCAGGAGCGGUUGGAGAUGGAGAGAGAGAGACAGGAGCUGGAGAGGGAGGCCAAGGUCGAGCUGGAGAAGAACAAGCAGCAGCCAGAGCAGGGGGGGGUGAGAGAUUUGAAUAGAGAGAGGGAGGAGUGGGAGAGGAGGAGGAUGGAGAUGGAGAGGAGGCGAGAGGGGGGUUAUGAUGAAGAAGCUGGACAGCCGUACCCAUAUCCUCCCGAGUAUUUUCAUUUGAAGGGUCAACAAGGGGAGAGUGGAAAACCAGGAGAAAAGGGUGGAAUUGGUGAAAAGGGGCAAAAGGGUGAGCCAGGAAUUGGCUACAGGGGACCAGAAGGCCAGGCCGGUCCUCCAGGACACAAGGGUGAACCAGGUGAGCCGGGGCCACCAGGUGCUCAAGGCAUCCAGGGUAUCCGUGGCAACCCAGGCUUCCAAGGUCCCCCAGGCCUUCAGGGUACCCCAGGGGACCCAGGAGAACCCGGCAGAGAGGGUGAGCGGGGUAAAAGGGGUAAGAACGGAUCUCCUGGACCUCCAGGGCUUCAGGGAGCACCAGGAUAUCAGGGUCCUCUUGGUGCACCUGGUGUAAAAGGAGAAAGGGGUGACAGUAUACCUGGAGGUCCCGGUGCCCGUGGUGUGUCUGGUGUCCCAGGCAGGAGGGGUGAAGCGGGGGUUCCAGGCGUCAAAGGAGCUCCCGGACACCUCGGUCCAAAAGGCUUACGAGGCAGCAGAGGUGAAAAGGGAGACCAUGGGAUACCUGGAGCCAAAGGAGAGAGGGGCAGUAUGCUCCAAAUCCAAGGGCCUCGAGGCUUCAAGGGUUCCAAAGGAAUUGCGGGUGAGCGAGGUCCUCCAGGUUUUGAUGGUGACAAAGGAGAAAAGGGCGAGGAUGGUCCUCCUGGAUUCAAGGGCUCGAAAGGGGAUGCAGGCACCAAGGGAGCAUUGGGACGCUUUGGAGCACGAGGACCUGUCGGCCAGAAGGGAGAUCCAGGAGAGCCGGGACUCAACGGAGUGAUGGGUCGUAACGGAGAUCACGGAGUGGACGGGGCCAAAGGGGACAAAGGAGACACAGGACUGCAAGGCCAAAAGGGUGAUCAGGGGGAUCCAGGUGAAGCAGGUUUACCAGGAGACAAAGGGGAGAAAGGAGUGAAGGGUUUCAGAGGUUUACCCGGACGUAUCGGGAAUUCAGGCCUGGAUGGAGAAAAGGGAGAAAUGGGGUUACCUGGCACUCCUGGAAUGCCUGGACUAAAUGGACUCACAGGGCGCAAGGGUGACAAGGGCAAUGGAGGGACCAGUGGUGUUGAUGGUGAUCUGGGAGAAAAAGGGGAAAAGGGUGUAGCAGGUUUCCCAGGCUUCCCGGGCUUUAAGGGUUCAGCAGGGAGUCCAGGCGGGGAUGGAGAUCAGGGGCUUCCAGGAUCACCAGGUCCUCGUGGUAACACUGGGCUGAAGGGGGAGAGGGGCAGAAGAGGAAGAGUGAAGCCGUGUCAGAGAGGAACACCGGGGACGUCUGGACACCGAGGACAGAGUGGAACCAUCGGGGAUGCAGGAGCAAAGGGCGAUAAAGGAGAACCAGGACUCUCGGCUGAAGAAGUGAAGGAGCUUGUUACUCAGGAGGUGGUAGUAAAGUGUGGGUUGGAAUAUAAGUUUAUGGUGAAGUCUGUGGAUCCAGAUGGGACACGCCCAGUGACGGAUGUUCAAAAAGAGCCAGAUGUAGUGAUAUCCCUCUCUCGUGACAUCAGUGAAGGCAAAAAAGAAGAAGAAGAGGGAGAGUAUGGAGACUGGGUGGAGGAAACGACCACUCCUGCCCCUGUGAUUCUUGAAGACGAUGGAAUUCUACUGAAUCGUACUGAUUCUCUGGAGGGAGAGAAAGUGCAGUGGAGCGGGGGACAGAGAAAUAAAAGAAGGGUUUUUGGAACAAACACUGCCGUGUCAGAUCGCUGUCUGGAGCCCAUGUCAGAGGGAACGUGUUCAGAAUACGCUCUGCUCUGGUAUUUCCACCCUCGCUCGGGGGAGUGCAGGCCGUUUGUGUACGGGGGCUGCGGCGGCAACCAAAACCAGUUCUCCACCAAGCAAGAGUGUCAGAGCCGGUGUGGGAAGGAGAGCACAGACAUCGAAUCCUGGAGAUGAAGCAGCUCAAGACAAGAAAGAUUUCUUUUUUGUACAUCACUGUUUAUUUAUAUAUUUUAAAAGCUGUUAACACUUUACAUUACAGUAGAAUAACAACACAGUGAUAGGGAGGUAAUAUUACAGUGAUACCAUUAAUAUCCAGCAUUUCAAUACCUUUACAUGGAAGUCCAAAAAUCUUCUAAUCUUAUUAUUCCUAAGCCAUAAUUAAGACGGUAUAACCAUAACAUUACUUUCCUAUUAUUACCAUAGUGUUAUACCAAAGUAAUAUAAAGUGUUGAUUUGUUGUAUGAAAUAUGUGCUUGGGAAAAAAAAAUGUGAAAAACAUAGUAGUUUCUUCUUUUUUUUAUAGACUUAUACAUAUAUUCUGCUUUUCUCUUUCCUGUCUUAUCUCUUUAUUGUGUGUUUUUGUCAAUAGCUGUGCAUCGUGUCAGUGUUAAAAAAAAAUUAGAUGGUGGUGGCCGAGUGCCUGCACCUCUACAUAUGUUCCUUUGGCAGGGGGUGUUACAGCUCAGGCCGGGAGCCAGAUGAAAGGCCGACAGGGAUCCAGUGAGGGAGACUGAUUUCAAGGUUCUCUCCAUCAGAACGGCCCAGCAGUGGCAGGGGAUUCCUGCGUGGGUGUUGAUGUGAGGGCAGCAUGUACCGAAGGUUCUUUUUUCUUGUCUGUUUCUGGCAGAGUGAGAUGAAACACUCACGAUUACCACUUUUUCAUUCGGUUGAUGGUUUGACACGGAUCACGGUGUUCACGGAACUUGUUGUGCUUGAUUCUCAUGACAGCCGGUUUUUGUUUUGUUUGUUUUUAAUUCUGUUAGUGACACGUUAGUCUUUCUCACACGAGACUGAACUCAUAUUUGUCAGGAUUCUGCUCUGCAUUGUGCCCCCUUAGAAUCCUCCAUGGACAACAAGAACUCCAGUGUUUUCUCUUUGUUUUAUAUUUGAUCUUUUCACAAAAAUUAUAUUAUGGAAAAGCUGAAAAUGUUCAAUUCAAUUCAAUUUUCAGACUCAAAGAUGUGCGGUCAUCUGCCUAGACAGGUUGGGGUGAAAGAAUUCCAUACUUCAUAAUAGUAGUUGAUUAUCUUCACAGGGGAGAUAGUAUUACCUCCAGAGCUGGAGCUGUGGCUGCUCCAGAUUAACACUCUUACUUGUAAAGAUAGGGGACGAACAGGCGGACACUCAUGACACAUAUUUACCCCACCAAGCAUUCUUACAACAGUAGUUUACACAAAUUCAUUCUAGGUCCAAAGUAUUCAGUUUCAUCUCACAGUGUCAUUUGAAACCUUUGUGAGGCUGGAAAUGAACUUUUCUGUCUGUGUGAAACUCAAAGAUGCAGAUGAUUAAAGGAAAACAAGUCCGAUCUGGGAUGACUUUUAAUGCACUGGUCACAGGACAAGUGAAAACCCAAGGAAACAGAUGUGUCUGUUGGAGCCAUUUGUAAAAUAAUUGUGUAUAUAUACUGUAUUUUUGACUAGUUUGACUUGCUGAAGAAAAGUAUCACUGCACUAGUUUCAUUGAUAAUUGCAGGCAGCCCCAGCUUCUGAUCGGUUGAAUAAUUAUUCCUGUGCUUGUUAAGAGAUUUUUUUUUCUUGGGGAGAAAAUAGGUUAUGAUUGAUGUUAAUGUGGCUCUGUCUGUUAUUGUCAAAAAAAAUGGGCCACAUACACUACAGAGUCCAAGAAAUGCGCGUUUUGAAACAAAGAACCUGGACUUUGAGUUGUGAUUCUUUAUUUCCUACAUUGAAUUACUAACAACAACAAUGUAAUCCAUCAUAAACCUGUGUUUGAAGUUGAGAAGGGGCAUGAACAAUCCCCAUCUCGUAGUUUAGUCGCAGAGUGGGAGGACAUGUUAUCACACAUCGGGUCACACACUGUGAUUAUUCCAGCUGUGACGACCUAGUCAUAUUAAUCCCUCGAUGAAGUUACUCAUUAGAAAGUGACCUGACGCGCUCUUGUCCUCUCGCUUCCUCGAUGUCCCCAUCAUUUUUGGCACAUCACAGUGGGUGGCGUCAGUGACACGUGUACUGUGUCCACUCGAUAAUAAACUUCUGGAUCAAUUAAAACUCAAUGUUCCUCAUGUGCCAGAGUUUCCACAUCUUUAUAAUGAGCAUUUAGAGUUCUGGUGGGCUGCGAUUGAUGGGAAGUGGGAAAUGUGACGAUGCAAAAGUUGAUCAUGUAGAUUAUUUUAUUUAAAUAACUUUGCUAGCAGAUUUUUUUCAAGAAUGAAGAUGUUUGUUUUUUUUAAAACAGAUGUUUGACAUUUGCUUUAAAAAUGAAAAUAUCAACAAAUGUAAUCACUCACUAAUGCAGUUUAUUUUAGUUUUGUACAUGAUUGUGAACAUGUGUAACCACUGUAGACAAAUAUGUUUGUGUAAAUUGUUUCAAAAACAGAUCUUUCAAAGAGUUUAGCCCUUGAACACAGAGCAUAUCGCAGACGACACGUUUGCAUCGGAAAAAUUCCAACUAUUUUAUACUGUUCAAAUUUCAGAUUUAACA